UCACUUAGCAUGCUGUGUUCAAGGUUCAUUGGUGGUGUGACGUGUGUCAGUACCUCAUUCCUUUUUAGGGCUGAGUGGUAUCCUGUUGUACGCGUAUCCCACGUCUGUCCACUCGUCACCAGGCAGUAGGCGCUUUGGUUGUUUUCUGCUUUGGGCUGUUAGGAACAGCACUGCUGGGAGCAUUCCCGGACAGGUCUUGUAUGGACCCGUGAUUUCCUUUCUCUUGGAUGUAGACCCCGGAGUGGGAUCGCCGGGUGAUACGGUAACUCUGGUUAACGUUUUGAGGAACUGCUGAACUGUUUCCACAGUGGCAACACCAUCUUACAUUGUCAACACUUGUUAUCAUCUUCUUUAUCAUAGCGAAUCUUGGUGUUAUGUGGCUUUACUUUUGGGAUGUGUUAUUUUUCUCAUCAGGCCACAAAGAUGACAAAUGGUGAUGAAUUCUAAUGCAGAUGGCCUUCACUUUAAAUAUUGCCAACUGAAUUUAAAAACUUCCUCCCCCCCCCCAAAAAAAAUAUGACGGUGAUAUUACUUGAAUUUUAUCACUGCCAAAUUUGGAUAUAUCCCCUCCGUAUGUCUUGCCAUCUGUUGCUUUUGUGCAGCUAAAGAUUUAAUAGGGAGCUUCUUUGGUUUGCUUAUGUUAUACUUCAGUUUACGUCGACCGUAUUUGCAAACAGCUUUUUAGCAGCAUAUGCGAUAUAGAGGAGAGACACAUCUGUAAUGGGACUUGUAUGACCAAGGUUUUCACCGGGAUGACAAUGUAUCAAAUGUCUUUAGCACAUGUUGCUGGCAUAGGGAUUAUCAGUGAUGUUGAACUAUAACUCUCUUGUCUUGGAACUAAGAUAAGUUAAUUUUAUGCUCAGCAAGCAGCAUUGUUUUCUGAUGUGUCUUGCAGUGUCAGACCGUCAAAUGAGUCAGCAGGAAGCAGCAGUUUUUCUCGUCCUGGGGUUUGUCUUUUGAUUGCUGCCAACUGCGUGCGCAGUGCUGAAGUGAAUGUGUUGUCAGGGAAUUGUAUCUGGGCUGCGAUUCCAAAUUAUAUGUGGCUUUAAGCUUUAUCGAUAUGCAACAGCUCAAGCAGCCACCAGCCGAAAUUCUCUUCUGACAGAUGUAAUUGCUGCUUAUCAAAGAUUCUGUUCCAGACCUCCGAAAGGAUUUGAAAAAUACUUUCCUAAUGGAAAAAAUGCGAAAAAAGCUAGUGACCCUAAAGAACUUACGGGAGGAAAAAAAGAGUCAAAGCCAGCCAAUACGCCGCAUUCUUCUGGAGGAGGAGUUGGUGGUGGUGGAAAACGAGGUGGCAAGAAAGAUGAUUCUCACUGGUGGUCCAGGUUCCAGAAGGGUGACUUUCCAUGGGAUGACAAGGAGUUCAGAAUAUAUUUACUUUGGACUGCUCUGAUUUGGAGUGGUGUCGUGAUUUACCUUCUGUUCAAGAGCUCUGGGAGAGAAAUUACUUGGAAGGACUUUGUCAAUAACUAUCUUUCCAAAGGAGUAGUAGACAGACUGGAAGUUGUCAACAAGCGUUUUGUUCGAGUGACUUUUAUAGCAGGAAAAACUCCCGUUGAUGGGCAGUAUGUCUGGUUUAAUAUUGGUAGUGUGGACACCUUUGAGCGGAAUCUGGAAACUUUACAGCAAGAACUCGGCAUAGAAGUGGAGAAUCGGGUCCCUGUUGUCUACAUUGCCGAAAGCGAUGGUUCAUUUCUCCUGAGCCUGUUACCCACAGUCCUCAUAAUUGCUUUUUUACUCUACACCAUAAGAAGAUGGCCUGCUGGUAUUGGUCGAACAGGCCGGGGGAUGGGUGGAUUCUUCAGUGUUGGAGAAACCACUGCCAAGAUCUUAAAGGAUGAGAUCGAUGUGAAAUUCAAAGAUGUGGCUGGCUGCGAGGAGGCCAAAUUAGAGAUAAUGGAAUUUGUGAAUUUCUUAAAAAACCCAAAGCAGUAUCAAGACCUGGGAGCAAAAAUCCCAAAGGGUGCCAUUCUCACUGGUCCUCCAGGCACUGGGAAAACGCUGCUAGCUAAAGCGACAGCCGGAGAAGCCAAUGUCCCUUUCAUCACAGUUAGUGGAUCUGAGUUUUUGGAGCUGUUUGUUGGUGUGGGUCCAGCUAGAGUCCGAGACUUGUUUGCCCUGGCUCGGAAGAAUGCCCCCUGUAUUCUUUUCAUUGAUGAAAUAGACGCCGUGGGAAGGAAGCGAGGAAGAGGCAACUUUGGAAGCCAGAGUGAGCAGGAGAACACACUCAACCAGCUGCUUGUGGAAAUGGAUGGAUUUAACACAACGACAAAUGUAGUCAUUUUGGCUGGCACCAACAGGCCAGACAUCCUGGACCCUGCUCUGCUGAGGCCGGGGCGCUUUGACAGACAGAUCUUUAUCGGACCACCAGAUAUAAAAGGAAGAGCCUCUAUUUUCAAAGUUCACCUCAGACCACUGAAACUGGACAGUGCCCUGGAAAAGGAGAAACUAGCAAGAAAACUUGCAGCCUUAACUCCAGGGUUUUCAGGAGCUGAUGUCGCUAACGUCUGUAACGAAGCUGCUUUGAUUGCGGCCAGGCACCUUUCAGACUCCAUAGAUCAGAAACACUUUGAACAAGCAAUUGAACGAGUGAUUGGUGGUUUAGAGAAGAAAACCCAGGUUCUGCAGCCAGAGGAGAAAAAGACCGUGGCAUACCAUGAAGCGGGCCAUGCGGUUGCAGGCUGGUACCUGGAGCACGCAGACCCACUUUUGAAGGUAUCCAUCAUCCCACGCGGCAAAGGAUUAGGUUAUGCUCAGUAUUUACCGAAAGAACAAUACCUGUACACCAAAGAGCAGCUCUUGGAUAGGAUGUGCAUGACCUUAGGCGGCCGAGUGUCAGAGGAAAUCUUCUUUGGAAGAAUUACAACUGGUGCUCAAGAUGACUUGAGAAAAGUAACCCAGAGUGCAUAUGCCCAAAUUGUUCAGUUUGGCAUGAAUGAAAAAGUGGGACAAAUUUCCUUUGACCUCGCCCGUCAGGGGGACAUGGUGUUGGAGAAACCUUACAGUGAAGCCACCGCAAGACUGAUAGAUGAUGAAGUACGAAUACUUAUUAAUGAUGCUUACAAAAGAACAGUAGCGCUUCUCACGGAAAAGAAAGCUGACGUGGAGAAGGUUGCUCUUCUAUUGCUAGAAAAAGAAGUAUUAGAUAAGAAUGAUAUGGUUGAACUUUUGGGCCCCAGACCUUUUGUGGAAAAAUCUACUUACGAGGAAUUUGUGGAAGGAACUGGCAGCUUGGACGAGGACACCUCACUCCCAGAGGGCCUGAAGGAUUGGAACAGAGAGCGUGAGAAGAAGAAAGAGGAGCCCAUGGAUGAGCAAGUGGCCAACCAGAUCAAAGGAGACAUGCCCUUCUAAUUGUCUGUGUUAGGGUUUCAGUUUGCACAUUAUUUCAACUUUGGCUUUCUCAGAAGAAGGAGAACACUGCUAUGUUGAUUUUUAACCAACUAAAAAAUCAGCUGACUCAGGUGAAGUGGUGGGAAGAGUGGUAUUUAAUCCUCCACCUCCGAGUUGCCGUGGGGAUGGCAGUGGGACUUUCGGAAGGCACUGAGGGAAACACAGGCUGCCCUCAGCCUCAUUGGGCUCUCGGUACAGCGGCAGACAACUCGAGACCAGUGCCCUGGAGCGCUGGUUUUUCUCGGACCCACAGGAAGGCCUGCUGCUGAGCAGAUGUUGGGAAGUGAACAUGUGAAGUCUUGACUACCUGAGAGCUCCUUCUCUCUCCAUGGCCACUCUUCAUUCCUUUUCCCUUCAGUUUCAGUUUUCUGUCUCCAUGGCCACUCUUCAUUCCUUCUCCCUUCAGUUUCCCUCUGCAGAUGCAGGGGACCCCGGGGCUGUGAAAUUAAAUUCAAAUUCUGAUAAGAAUAUUCUAAUUUGAUUUAAUAUUUUAAAGAUUGAAUCCUGAUCACUUGUUGCUGUUUUAAUGGAAUGGUUUUCUACAAAGAGCUGUAACAUAUUGAAAAAUAGGAUUGUAUUGUAUAAAUAUGGCUUCAUUACAUCAAGAUAAAA